AUGGCGUGGACCACUAGCUACGUCAUUUGGUGGGAGGUGGACCUCCUCGACACCUACUGCAACUUCAUCGUCAGCAUCACAAACCGAGGGUCCUAUGUGGAUGGCUUCAGGAACGUUGCUCUGGGCAAGCCAGCAUCAAUGAAUGAAUAUCGUGAUGGAAACCCACCAUCAUUAGCAGUUGAUGGGAACACCACAACAUUCAUCCAUCCCCUUGGGGGGCCAUUAGCGCCGGUCAGUUGGUGGGAGGUGGACCUCCUCCAUACCUACUACAUCUUCAGCGUCAGCAUCACGAACCGAGGGUGCUGCGAUAAUCGACUGAAGAACUUUACAAUUGAUUUAAUUUCUGACCACUCGAGCCCGACCACCCGACUGUGUCACUACUACCCAGGGAGGAUUCUAAAGUUGGUCACUGAGGUCAUAGCGUGUGAUGAGCUGCUGACCGCACGGAAGGUCAAGGUCACCAUGACGGACCGUCCUUUGGACUUCGCUGAGGUUUCCAUCAAGGGCCUGCACGCUUGUGGAGAUUUACAGUUUACAUUGAACGCUGGCAUCCGGAGACAGGACACUGUCUUGAAGGAGAUGGUUGUGGAUUCUAUAGCGACUUGCGCAGUAAACUGCCGAGCGGAAAUAGACUGUGGUGCCUUCCAAACAAUGACGUCAGCCAACAAUGUGACGUGUCAACUUCUCGCUGGCCAUGAUGGGAAUACCAUCAAUGAUAACAAUUGGAAAUACUAUACUUUUCAAGUCUGA